AUGGCUAGCAUCAUUGCACACAUGGGUAAUAGCCGGCGGCAGAACACACGCUUGCCACCUUGGGCCCAUUCUAUGCUCAGGUCCCUGGGUAGGAGUCUUGGUCCUUUAAUGGCAAACAUGGCAGAAAGAAACAUGAAGCUGUUCUCAGGGAGGGGGGUGCCAGCCCAGGGGGAAGAAACCUUUGAAAACUGGCUAAUCCAAGUCAAUGGGGUCCUGCCAGAUUGGAAUAUGUCUGAAGAAGAAAAGCUCAAGCGCUUGCUGAAAACCCUUAGGGGCCCUGCCCGGGAGGUCAUGCAUUUGCUCCAGGCAGCCAACCCCAACCUAAGUGUGGCAGAUUUCUUGCACGCAAUGAAAUUGGUGUUUGGGGAGACUGAAAACAAUGUGACUGCCCAUGGUAAAUUUUUUAACACCCUGCAGGCACAAGGGGAGAAAGCCUCCCUUUAUGUGAUCCGUUUAGAGGUGCAGCUCCAGAAUGCUAUUCAGGCAGGGAUCAUAGCUGCGAAAGAUGCAAACCAAACUCGCCUGCACCAGCUCCUUUUAGGGGCUGAGCUGAAUGGGGACCUGCGCUACAGGUUGAAGCGUCUUCUCAGGAUGUAUGCAAAUGAGCAGGAGCGUCUUCCCAAUUUUCUGGAGUUAAUCAAGAUGAUAAGGGAGGAGGAGGAUUGGGAUGACACUUUUAUUAGUCGGAAGCGGGCCAGGAGAUCUGAGUCAAUGGUGGAGAGGGCAACCAGCCCAGUGGCAUUUCAGGGUUCCCUACGGAUAGUAAUCGGCAGUGCUGACUGCAACGUGAUAGAAAUAGAUGACACCCUGGAUGACUCAGAUGAAGAUGUGAUCCUGGUGGAGUCUCAGGACCCUCCACUUUCAUCCUCUGGUUCUCCUCCCCCCAGAAGCAGAGCCAGACCUCAGGAUCAAGUGGUAGUCAUUGAUUCCCCCAAUAGUUCCCAGGCUCAGUCUCCUUCCACCAGUGGGGGUUCUGGAGAUAAAAAUGAUGGUCCUGGGGAUAUUUGUAGAGCCAGGAAGCGAAAAUACACAACCCAUUCUUCAUAUUGUGGCAAGGAGGACCACUUGAAGGGAACCUGUGACAAGAGCAACAAGGCUGAGAUGUUUGAAAAUCUGGUCAUGACCCUGCAGGAGCUGACACAUACAGAGGACGAGGAGGGGUCAAGAGAGGCUCCUGACCAAUCUGAUGACCCUUCUGAGCUACAGUGA